UUUUUUUCAAGGCAAUUUGAAACCGUUUGAAAAAUGUUUAUUCUUCCAACUCAGACAUGAUCUACCCUAAUCGAUCUACCUCACUGAUCUUCCUAAAUAUUAUAUUUUCGAUUUGGGCUGAUUCGAUAGUUCAUAGUGUCGAGCCAUGUUCUGCAAUGGGCAAUUCCACAGCAACCGUAGCAGCGGAGCCCGCCAAUCUAGUAACAAAAAAUCUCUCCAUGGACAAUUUAGAGAAGAAAAAGAAUGAGGCAUCCUCUGAUUCUCAACCUAAGCUAUUAAGGGAAGGAAAACACUAUAUGUGUCGGAAUUUGCAGAAUUCUCUAAUUGAAUAUGCAAGAAGUACUAAGAAGAUGAUACGGAACAUGAUGGAUGAUCACCAGUCUUCUCUAGAUUAUCUCUCCAAUCAGAUUAAUGAACUUAUGAGCCGAGUUAUGCAAUUAAAUACAGACAUGUCCAGAAAACCAAUUGAUGUAUUUCCCCAUCGAGCAGUCCAGUCUCAUGGUUUAGAUUGCAGUGAUAUUAAAGAUACCAUUGGAUCAGUUACAAAAACUCCAAGCGGUUUAUAUAUAAUCCAUCCAGAAGGAGCAAGUUAUCCCUUUGAGGUUUUGUGUGAAAUGGAUUUUAGAGGAGGGGGAUGGACAGUGAUUCAGAAGAGAACUGAAGGAGCAGUUGAGUUUCAAAGGACAUGGUCUGAAUAUUUGGAUGGAUUUGGCGACCUUUCAGGGGAAUUUUGGCUCGGCCUCCGGAAGAUUUUCCACGUAACAAACCAGAAAGAAACCAGUUUCAUGCUUUACAUAGACUUGGAGUCUGAAGAUGACAUGUAUGCAUAUGCAUCGUAUGACAGCUUUUGGCUAGAGGAUGAAGUGUGCUCCUUCAAAAUACAUCUAGGACGUUAUUCUGGAAAUGCUGGUGAUGCAUUUCGGGGAUACAGGAAAGAAGAUAACCAGGAUACAUUACCUUUCAGUACCUUUGAUGUGGAUAACGAUGGUUGCAAUCCAGCCUGCUCUCUCCAAGAACCACCUAUCAAGAGCUGCAGUAACUUUAGUGAGAAGACAGGCUGGUGGUUUAACCAAUGCGGUCUUGCAAAUCUUAACGGUGUCCACCGAUUCACAAGGAAGUUGCUGGUAUCAGGUAUCCAGUGGGACACCUGGAAGGUUGAUAACAAGCCAGUUAAAAUUAAAUCUGUGUCAAUGAAGAUCAGGAGAACAUACUUCAGAUAAGAGGAUAAUGUCAUUAACAUCCAGAAAUUUAGGCUGCCUAAUAGCACUUCUCAGUCUAAUAUACAUAACAUUUUAGUGUAACAAUUUAUUGAAAGAUUUGAGGCACUUUGCACACUGCAUUAUUUUACAAUUGCACUCUUCAGGACAAUGUAACUACAUUUCCACCAUAAAUGCAUUUGUGAUAUUUUACUGCACUGCUGAAUGUAUCAGUGACUUACUGUAUUAGCAUGCCAUCACCGGAUUGGAAAGCUAUAAGCAUGAUAAUUCCAAUUCUCCUCUUUUGCUGCUGCAGAUCAUCUUAUCUUUAGAACAGUCAGCAGAAUUGCAGACCUGCAAAUCUAAAAUAUCAACGUUACUUUAAGACAGGGGUCUGCAAACUUGGCUCUUUUAAGACUUGUGGCUUUGCUGGCUGAGGAACUCUGGGAGUUGAAGUCCACAAGUGUUAAAAGAGCCAAGUUUGCAGACCACUGCUUUAAAAGAAAGGAUAUGAAAGGAACAUAAUUGCACAAGCAAUUGUAGUAAAUCAGCAAAGGUAGUAAACCAUACGGCAAGAUGAGAGAUGCUUUUAAUUUUUUUAGUGAAUGAUGAAAAUGGGGGAAUCAUCCUCAACAUGGUUAAAUAUCUGACUCUGCAAAGGUAACAUUCAGACUGUGGUUAAACUUUUUUUAAGAGAUAAGAGAAGAAUACAGUUAGUCCUCUUUAAGCAACUGUUCGUAGUUAUGACAGAGAUGAACAUGUUUGGGACCGACCAACCCUUGCAUUUAUGGACUUUGCAGGUCUGUAUAACAAAGGAAAGUUGAAGUAAGAUCAUCAGCACAGUGGUGGGCUCACUUAGUGACCACUUUGCUUAACGAACAAGUUGCUGAUCUCUACUGGGGUCAUUAACUGAGGACUACCUGCCCUGGGGAAAAGGCCCAGGGGUAGGCUACUGGGGGUUCAGGAGAACCUCUAGCUAAGAUUCUGUACAGUACGGAGAACCCCCAAAUCCCACUCCUGGCUGGCCCUGCCCACCAGGGGUAAGUUAUACUUACCUUUACUACCGGUUUGCAGCAGGAUUGCGCGCUUCCUGAUGACGUCGGGGUUGGUGGACGGUGCCUCCCCCCCCCCGGUUUUACUAUCAAUUCACAAGAACCGGUCCGAACUGGGGGCAACCCACCACUGCUGCCCACCCUGCCCCUCCCCUCCCAGGAGUCCCCACGCAGCCUGUUUUGGAUGCAGGAAAGUGCAGGGCACGCAAUGGAGGUUCGGGGAAGGCGAAAAAUGGGCCUACUGGAAGUUUGGGAAGGCUGGAAACCUCUGGGCCUCCAGAGCCUGGGGAAGCCAUUUUUGCCCUCCCGGAGGCUUGAGAAAAAGCCCCCCCACCCCUGCCAUGGUGCAGGAGGCUGACUAGGCCACGCCCACCAUGGCUACGCCCACCCAGCAACCAGGCAGAGAACCCCUUGCUAAAGUUUUUGAAGCCCACCCCUGAAAAGGCCUUCUACCUUAUUUGAGGCUGGUUAUUUACAAAAGAGAACUUCUUUGCAGUACAGGUAGUCCCCAAUUAAUGUUAUAUUUUACAUCGUUAAUAUCUGGAAUGUAUUCUAUUCUCUUUAACAAAUGCUUUGUUACAGCCUUUUAAAAUAAAUACUAUCACUUG